AUGAGAAAGACGCACGUUGAGAAUCUAUUACACGCAACCAUCACACUCUCUGCAAGUCUUCUUGUUCCCAUUUUCCGUAAUAGGAAUACCCUCUUCACGUUGUUAGGCUCGUUCCCCAUACACGCUCCUUCACAACGUUCAUCAGCGAGAAGAGCUGCGACCCUUCUUCAUCUCCGGUCCAGACUUCCUAUCGCCGGCGCCGGCUACUGCUUCUUUAUCUGUGAGUGCAGUGUUGUUCAGAAUCAAAUGGCUUUACAUGGAGGGCAUUAUUUAACUGGCCUUAUGGAAACAAGCAAAUGCUACACUAAUAAUUUUCCAUCAACACUGAUAAGACCAAGUUGCUUGCCUCGAAUGCGGACUAGUUUUGAUUUGUUUUACAAACAAAAAUCACAAAUCAAAAUCAGGUGUUCACUAUCGAGAGAGAAAGAGACCCUAUCUCCACUUGAAUUCGAAGAUUCGGAUUCUUUAGAGGGAGAAGAAUUUAGCCAUGUUAUCAAGUUUAAAUUUUCUGAUUUUAAGAUCAGUGAUCGCGUUAGCAUUGGCUUGGGUGGACGGGGAGAUGAGGUUGUAUUUGAAGCGAUAAUCAAUGACACUGAUAGCCCAUUGCAUAAUACGAGAGUGGUGCUUCGGCGACUCACUAGUGCUCAAGCACAACGCAGAGGGAAACGCGCUAUGCAGGUGUUAAAGAAGCUGUGUCGCCGUAAAAUGAUGUACCAUUCGUAUUCAAUGCAAGUACAUGGUUACGUCUUCUCCCCAGAAACAACAACGGAGGAUGAGGGCUCUUUUACCCUUGUUCAUGGGUAUCAUGGUGGUUUGUCUUUGAGGCACUGGCUUCGACAGACAGACUGGCUCCCAACAUUAGAAGCUACGCUUGCUUUAGACGAAGAAUCUGCGGUGAGGAGGGCGGGUGAUGAUACCGUAGGCGGCCCUGCGGUCUCUCGCCAACUGCGUGUUACUCGAAUUCUCAUGAGAGAUCUGCUCAUUGGAGUAAACUACUUACAUAGUCAUGGACUUGCCCAUACAGAGUUGAGAUUGGAGAAUGUUCAUAUAAGUCCAGUUGAUAGACAUAUUAAAGUAGGAAUAUUGGGGAAUGCUGCUGACUUUUUUGAAAAUAACACAGACAGACAACAAAUGAUGAUUGCAUUUGAUAUGAGAUGUCUUGGAUUCAUCAUGGCAAAGAUGGUAUUACGGGAACUUAUGGAUCCAGUUAUCUUCACAAAGUUCAAAGCAUUCCUCAACAAGGGAAAUGAUCCUUCUUGCUUGCGUGAGUUCCUCCUACCAACUCUAAACAUGAAUUCAUCACAUGGAAAUAUUGGGCUGCAAAUGCUAGAUAGAAACUGGGGUGCAGGAUGGCAUCUGUUAUCAGUGCUUCUUGCAGCUAAACCUGUUGAUAGAAUAAGAUGUUUAGAUGCUCUGAGACAUCCAUUUCUAUGUGGGCCAAGAUGGCGUGUUAAUCCAUCAAUGGAUAUAAUCAGAUGGAGUUUGGGAUCAACUGCAGUUAGAAUUACUGAGGAAUACAUAUAUGGCCACCAACAGCGCAUCAGGCUUGCUCAUUUCCUUGAGUUAAUGGAGAUGUUGAAUCCUUCAAAGCCCAAGAGCUGGCGGGGGUUGCUACCAGGAACAUGGAGGUUGGUGUACUGCAGCGGGCGGCACAUAGGUUUAACCACCCGUGAACCACCAUCUCGUGCCCUCAUCGGAGAUGUCAACCUCACAAUAACUCCACCAUCAUCCAAACUAUUCUCAUUCACCUCAGACGUCACAUUCACAGUCUUGACCGGAAAAGACUGGCCACACCACAAGGUGGGAGUCGCCGGAAAACUUCAAAUAACGUCCGAUUUCCGGUUAACUGCCGGAAAAAGACUUUACCUGAAACAAGAAAAUGGUAGUGAAAACCUCCCGUCUGUAAUUAAGAAACUCUCGGGUAACAAGUGGAGAAAAGCAUUACGACAUAAAGAAUUACCAUCAAGUCUUGCAGUUGCUAAAUUGGUGUCGGUGUCUGGGGACAUUGAGGUGACUAUGACAUUGAAUGACCCGUUGUCGAAAGACAUUAGGGUUGGGGAGCUUGUGGUUAAUGAGGUCCGCAUGCAAAUUCCACCUGAAAUGUUUGAUUUGUCAAAGAUUGUUUGUGGGACGUAUGUAGAUUCAAGGAUGAUGAUUCUUCGCAGUGUCAAUGGAUCCGCACUUUUGUUUAGUAGGAUCGGAUGUUAAUGUUAAUGUUAAUGUUGAUGUUGAUGUUGAUAUUGUGCUAGUUUGUAUAUAUUUAGAGAUUGUUGUUAUAUGUGUACAUUUUUCUUGUACAAAAUAAUAAUAAUAAUUUGGGUUACGGGAUCAAAA